AUUGAAGGUUUCCAGAAAAUGUCGAGUGCAACGCUGAUCGCUUUGUGUGUCUUGGUUGUUUUGACCGGACAAUCGGUUGGCCAAAAUGUGGCCGUAAUGCAGGCUGUUGAAUCUAAUGAACAGUUUAAAACCGCUGAGGUUGUGGCCCGAAAAAUACCAACCAAUGCUGCCGCUCAGAAUGAUGCCCAAGAUCAACUGGACACCUUGAAAAUGGCCCUAUCUCAUUGCGAAACUGAGCUAAGGUCCACCCUAAAUGUCACCGCUCAUAAGACCUGUGUUAAUGUCGUCUUUGCUGUAUUUUAUACCACUUUGGAUCGUUUGGCCGGGGAGCAUUGGGCCAUCUAUGGAGCCACCUCAGGGGCAUCUCGUAUCGGCUUGUUCUGGUGAUUUAAAAUAACCAAACAGUGGAAAUCUCAUUUUUUUUAAUUUUUUGCUUGGUUUCAAUAUUUUUAUUUUGUUUUUAUACAUUUAUUUAAGGUUGUGUGGGGUUUUUAAAGAAAAGUUUAGCUUAUUAAAAGUAUAAUGUAA